AUGCCGCAGCUGGUGAGCGACCUGCCGGUCGUGAACGAUGCGGCGCUCGCGACAUUCGAGGAGCUGGGUUCAUGUAUUUACCAGACGAGCCGCAUGGGGCGUACGCGCGGCCAGGAUGACCCGUCGUGCGAGUGCACACUCAAGCGCGGCGCUGCCUAUGCAUGCACGGAGGAGAGCGGGUGUAUCAACCGCCUGACGCAGGUCGAGUGUAUGGCCGACGUGUGCGAGUGUGGCAAGCACUGCAAGAACCAGCGCUUCCAAAAGCGCGAAUAUUCCCCAGUGGACAUUGUCCUGACGCCAAACAAGGGCUACGGCCUGCGGGCUGCGGCCGACAUCACCUCGGACGCGUUUGUGUACGAGUACAUGGGCGAGGUGAUCAACCACGAUACCUUUAUGCGGCGCAUGCAGCAGUACAAAGACGAGCGCAUCGAGCACUUUUACUUUAUGAUGCUCCAGCGCGACGAGUACAUUGAUGCGACGAAGCGCGGCGCACGCUCGCGCUUCAUCAACCACAGCUGCAACCCGAACUGCUAUGUGAGCAAGUGGCACGUCGGGCGCCAUGUGCGUAUGGGCAUCUUUGCCAAGCGCGAUAUCCUGGCCGGCGAAGAACUCACCUUUAAUUACAACGUCGACCGCUACGGAAACGAUGCGCAGCCAUGCUACUGUGGCGAAGCCAACUGUGUCGGCACGCUGGGCGGGCGCACACAGACGGAUGUCGUCACCAUGAGCGACCUGUACAUUGACGCGCUCGGUAUCGCCGAAGAGGUCAAGGCGCUGCGCGCGACGCUCCCGAGGGGCAAGCGCAGCAAGAUCCUGGACGAAGACUUCCACGCGACCCUCUCACCGAUGCACGAGGAGGAGAGCGCGCGGGUCAUCACGGCGAUGCGCCAGGCGACCUCGUCGAAGCACAUUCUGGAGAAGCUGCUUCAGCGUGUGGCCAUGACCGACGAGGUGAGCGUGCACAAGGCGUGUGUCAAGCUGCACGGUUUUGUCGUUCUUGCCGGUGUCCUCGAAGAGUGGUCGGAUGACGAGGGGGUCGUUAGCCUUAGCCUGCAGUGCCUCGCCAAGUGGCCGCUCCUUGCCCGCGACAAGGUCGUCGACUCGGGCAUCGACGCGCAGGUCCGCCGCAUUGCCGACGGCGAGGGAGCGACCAAAUCGCUCGCAACGUCGCUCCUCGACGCGUGGGAGCGCCUCGAAACGACAUUCCGCAUCGCACGCCGCGCCCAGGACGCGGAGGACGCGGCAAACGGCGCAGAAGGCUCCGCAUCGUGGGCCGCGCGGCGGCGUGCCGAGGCUGAGGCGGCGCACCGCGCAGCCCACGCACCGGACACGGUGUCGUCGAACCUGCGUGCAUUGUUAUCGUACCGCGACGGCGACGAGACGCCGUCUUCUGCCGCGACGCCCAAGCCCCCGCCCAAGGUGGAAGCGGCGCCGGCACCGGCGCCUGUCCCCUCGAUCUCGAUUGACGAUAUCAUCCGCCGCGCGAACGAAGAGAACGAGGCGCAGCAGCGCAAGGCGGCCGAGGAGGCGGCUGCCGCCGCCGCUGCCGCCGAGGCCGCCGCUGCUGCCAAGGAGCAGGCGGCCAAGCGGCGCCGGGAAAAAGACCCGAGCGAGAAGCGCAUGGAAAAGAAGCCGAAAAAGGCCGAGCCCGACCUCGGUGCGCUAGAGAAGCAGCUCGCGAAGCUGGUCGGUGCCUUGGUCGUCAAGCAGCUGUCCAAGGUCAAGCAGGACCUUGACCGCGAAAAGUUUAAGCGGCACGCGAAAGAGUUGACGCGCAUUCUCGUCAGCAAGGAGAAGCGCAACCCCAAGUCGUGGCCGCCACGCGACGAGCUCAAGGAGCUCAGCGAGGAAAAGCGGCGAAAGAUGAAGAUUUUUGCGCACGGGUACAUCAAAAAGCUGCUCCAACGCAAGCGGCAAGGCAGCGAGGGGGCAGACUCGACAGAGGGCACCGACGCGAUGGACGCGUCGUUUGCAGACACCUCGAUGGACGCAUCGCUCGCCGACGUGUCGAUGGACGUCGGCGACACGACCGUCGCCGACGUCUUUGACGAGUCCGAAGACGAGGGCACGGAGGCCACUACAUAG